AUGCCGGCGCCGGACGCGGCGGCGAGGCACACGGGCGCCGGCGUGGCGCGUCGGCAGGCCCACCACGAGCGGAUGCGCGACGAGCGCGCUCGGGAAGCGGCCGCGGGCGAGGCGGAGCUUCCGCCGGAGGACGACGCGGUCGAGAUGGCGAGCGCCGUCCACGUGCUGGACAGCGUGGGGGAGGUGGGCGCGAACUACACCCUGCUGCGCAGCAAGGAGACGAAGGCGAAGCGGCGGAAGCGAAAGCGCGAGGAUGCCAGGGCGGCGCUCGACGGCCACACUGUCCUGUCCACCGGAUCGCGCCUCGAGAUCUUCUGCGACAGCGAGCGGUGGUACCCUGCGACCGUCAUGGCGCGGGAGGAGGACGGGGACGGACGGAUCGUGCACGAGGUCGAGUACGACGGCUACCCGGAUCGGCGGUGGUGGCACAUGCUGGACGACGAGCGGAGGUACCAAACCACGCAAAUUCUGCACGCCUCGCUGCGCCGCUGGCUUGACUGA